AUGUUAAAGCUGGCCAAAUGUCAGUUGAAAUUAUUUGGAAUUGUUCCACCAGCAAGAGUCAUCAUUAAAAUUUGUCUCCAUCCUUUCAAUUUAGGUUUCAAUGUGGAGACGGUGGAAUAUAACAAUAUCAGCCUCAUCAUCUGGGAUGUCAAUAGCCAUUGUAAACACAGACCUAUGUGGAGACAUUAUUUCAAGGACACCAAAGCCAAUGUGGCAGUCACCAGGUCUGUGCAGGAUGUUCCCAAUGCUAUGAGCACAGCAGAAAUAACAGACAAGCUUGGCUUACAGUCCGUCCGCCGGAGAAACUGGCACAUUCAGGCUACCAGCACUACCAGUGGAGACGGGCUUUACGAAGGCCUGGACUGGCUCUCCAACCAGCUUAAGAACUAGAAAUGACUGGAAGCAAUUCAUUCCUGUGCAUCGUGGCAAAACCAGCUGCUUGUGUGUGUGCAAGGAGCAAGUGUGGAUGUGUGGCUGGGCGUGGGGCAGCUUUCUCACACUGUGCCUUAUAUCUGCUAUAAGAAAACAAGUGUUGCAUUUUAA